UUGACGGAGUUGAGCAAGGGAGAGAGUACAGCAAACUACAGACUAAAAGUUACGUUAGUACUACCGCACAUAACCAUACCACUUACUGCGAGCGAACCUGUUGAAGAUGAACAGAUAAAGGGCGUGCAACUGUGGUUCUCCAAAUUGACUGUUUCUAACCUGAAUAACGCAAUGUACCUACCUCUGCUCACACUCCUACAAGAAUGUUUGGAAUGCUCCAUAGUAUCAGACCCCUCCCAGUUCCCCAGCAAACCUCAGGACCCCUCUCCUUUACCCCACAUCCACAACCAGGACCUUAUUCCUGGGAUUUUGGAGGAACUGACCCGUCAUGAGAAGCUAAAGCAAGAAAUGCAAGAAGAAAAGAGCAGACAGCGGCGUAACCUUGUAUACGCCGGUAUCCCUGUAAACUCCUCCCCUUCCCCCAGCGCUAACAACUCUCCUGGUCACAAUAUAUCUCCUGAGCUGCCCAGCACUCCUCAGAGCAGAAGGAGCAGUAUCAGCAGUGUGAAUAUAUCAGACACCCACCUAGCCGGCUCCCCUCUCUCCUCCCUCCCCGACUUGUUCCCACUCCUCAACAACCUGGUACUCGGCUUCACUUUCGACAGCUUCAGUGCUGACUUUCUCUAUAACACAGAUAAUAACUCCGGGGAGAAACACAGGUCUCGGAGAUUCAUAUCAGACAUACCUCUCCACAUGUGGAUGAUCGAGGAGAUCGCUGCUAAUGACGUCACGACCACGCCCAGUGACGUUAUUGUGGAGAACGGACACAGGAAGCUAACUAGAAAUACACUACGGAGGCAGGACACAAUCACCUCCCUGGCUACUGAUUAUUUGCUCCUCAUGAAGUGCUCUAAAUCUAUUCACUGCACGCUGGAUAGAGAACAGUACCUGUUCCUUCUCCGACUCAACCAGGAGAUGACAAGUUUUGUAGAGCAGAUAAUCCUCUCCGUUACUCAAAUAUUUACUUCUAGCGUUCAGGACAGCUCGUGUUUCAAGAUGUUAGCCCUUCUGAACCACCUGAUGUUAGACAUCGCUCUCCCGGAGCCUCCUCGCCCCUACAUCCCCUCCCUGUCAACUUCUCCUCCCGACACUGCUAGUACUAGUCUUAGUCACCUGACUAGUGAUAGUCCUUCUAUUGGAUGUCGAGAAUCUUUUCUAGCGGAAGAAGACAUAGUCUUACUGGAGAGAACUGAUACACCCGAGAAUGAUCAAAAAAACAAAUUAAACUGGAUUGUUCUCAGCAGAUCCGACUCGACUAUAGCCUCUCUUUCUGAGAGAUUGUCUCUGCAGUCAGAGGAAGACGCUCUCAGCAUCUCAUCCAUCACCAACGAACUAAAUCCCCUAGCUAAAGGAGACACCAAAGAGACACUCCUCAAGUUCAUCACUCGAGUAAGCAAGAAGAAAGAGACUUUGUCAGUGGGGGUCCAAACCACCACGGAGGACAGCUUAGUCGCGCACAACUACCAGCAACUGCACGCAGUGAGCGCUAAACUUAUCAGUGAGGGUCUAUCUAGUGAGGGUGUUUUGUCACGUGAUCAGAUUCAGGUUCACUGUGGUGAUGCUGUGUUGGCGGUACAUUCUGCACUUGAUGUCAUUACCAAGGUCACGUGUCGUAGAGUCCUAGUUUUGGACGAGGAUUUGGAGAUAAAGCCCCGGGAGUUUCCUUUGUCUAAGUGGAGGUGUCGUGGCUCAGAAUCGAGUGACGCUCAUCAGAUUUAUGCUAGGAUAGAAUUGAACCCAGUAGAACCUCCAAUUCUCAGAUCUUCAACCAUGGUAGACAAAACACAAAUUGUUGAUGACUUUAGUGACGUCACGAGCGACGAUAUCACAACUUCCUUAGAAUCUCUCCAGAUGAACUGCGAGGUAGAGGCCAGUAGUCUUAUCGCCUCGCUUAGAGACCGGUCUCUGGAGGGGUUAGCAGUGUUUUUCGAGCCUGAUCCCACUCUUGCAAGUAUCCCUCUCACUUUGAAAUGCACUGUGCGGGAUUGUCAAGUGGAGCUUCAAGUUGGUGCCGCGCAACAGACAGUGCACGUGCAAGGAGUUAGAAUUAAACUCAAUCAAGAUGAAAGUUGGGAAAUCGGACAUGAUCUGAUUGAUAGCUGCGAAUUAGAGAGAUUACGAACGGAAAACGAAGUAUUGCGUGAGAAAUUGAGACUGCUAUCGAUUCAGUUUAAUUGUACCCCAGAAGAUUGAGUUGAUAAUUUAAUGACGAUGUAUCAGAUUGCAGCUGGAGCGUUGAUAAGAAUUGCUGGUUCAGUGUUUUAAAUAAUUGUUGCUAUCUGCCAGGACAUUUGCUCAUUCGAGCAAUGUCGGAAGAUGUAUAAUUAUGUCACCUUAUCGUAAUUUUAAGAAGGGUUUGAUAUCCUAUAUAAACAGUUGACGGUUUCAAUUUAUUUACUCUUCGCCACUUUCAUUUCAGCCUCCUAUAAUAAUCUAAUCACUGAAAAAUAAAUAAUUUUCCAUCCCAUUUGCCACUAAAGACCGCUACGGCUAUUAUUAUCUGGGGCUCACGUGUCCUUACAAUUUCACUAUACUUGUUUAUGCAAGCUAAAGCAGUACGUUAUUAGUUAUACUUUAAGGAGUGACUUUAUUUUUUACCCGGUGCUUUUAAAUUUGAUAUUAUCAAUAUGCAAUAUUAUACGCUGAUUUCAUCUUAAUAUAAGGUUUAUUUUGUUUUCCAAUCUGUUUAAGUUAUUCAGUAAAAUAUUUUUGAUAAAUUUAAUUUUGUUUGAAUGUAGGGUAUUUUAUAAUAUAAUCAUAUAUACGUUAUUAUUGCAUUAUGAAAAAUAUACUUUAUCGUGAGUCUUUUUGAUAAGAUUACUGUA